AUGCAAUCAGGUGAUUAAAUAAAAGAAACUUUGAACUCAGCACUAGGACUUCAUGAAAGUACUGCGAAUAGUAUCUCACCUUAAUCCUCUCAAAGAAAUUCUCUUUCACUAUCAGAGUUAGGAUCUCCAGACAACUUAAGUAACAAUGCUGAUUCAAAACCAGCUCCCAAAAUUUAAACAAGACUUGAUGACGCACUUUAAAAUAUUUAGCAAAUUGCACUCUCUUUAAGUCCGACAAAAGACUAAACAGGGAGAUUCGAUGAAAAAAGUUCGGAUUCAGACAACUUAAGGCAGAGGCGUGGAACCGCUGUUGUCAGACAAGAGUCAUAUUAGCUUAGAAAUGUAAGACCCCGCCUAUUCAGUUAAGACGUUCUUGAAAUAUAAUUAAAGAAAAUUGAAUAAGCAAAAACUUACAAGAAAAAGGCACUUGCUUAUUAUAAAAAUGAGGAUUACUUCGAUUCUCUUACCUUUCUUCAUAAAUCAGUUAAAGUCUUCAAAAUUGAAUAGCUUACAGAGGAUGUGAAGCUAUAGAACGAAGAGAUAUUUCAGCUGAUUAAGGAGUGUUAUCUCUAUAGUGCCAGUUGCUAUAUCAAAAUUAAUCAGUUUGAUUCAGCUAUUCAACUAAUGAAUGAGUUAUUGCUUUGCGAAUAGGACAACGUAAAGGCACUUAACUUGAGAGCGAAGGCACAUUAUAACAGAAAUCAAAUACUGAAAUGCUACAUCGAUCUCAGUACUGCAUUAAAACUUUAGCCAGAUAGUGAUGUUUUUACGAAAUUUAUUGCCAAAUUAGAAUCAAACUAUCCAGAACUCAAACAGCAAUACUAAGACUACUUAGAAGAGAAUUAAAAUGAAUAAUAAACUGUAUAUCCAUAAAAUAAGUAAUUGCAAAUCCCACAAUAAAAUGAUAAGUACGAAUAAACUCGCUCAAGCACUAUGCAAAGUGUUGGAAGUGGUACAACCCACAGUAAUAGUAAUUCCACAGAAUAAAUUCCGCUUCUACAAAGAAAUGGCAUAUCUCUUUAACACCCAGCUUCUCCUUCUAUGAUUAAAAUUAAUGGCGAAUAAGAUUAGGAAAACCAAAUCUUGAAGGGAAAUUCGAGGAUUCAAAGUUCAAGCAUUAUUUUGAGAAUACUCAUGAGUCUAAAAGCAUUUAUUAGAAAUUAUAAACCUUAUUUAACCUAAACUGCUUGGACUGUUGUUAUUUUGCUAGUUAUGCUUGCGAUAAGAAAAUUAGUUACAAAGUACAUACCUGAUUCCAUCAAGAGAUUGAUCUGA